GAGGAUUUUGUGACAUUUAUUAAGCUGAUAAUGACGUCACGUUAUUUCCACAGGACAGCUGUGACUCGAAGCAAUCAAAGGUCCUGCUUCGAAACCGCAGCUUCUGUCAAAGUGAGCAGGACGCUGAGGAAAAUGAACCCUGCUUCAUGUGGUCCUCCUGACGUCCGCCUUCUGGACUCGGAUGGUCCCGGCCCUGGCUCAAAGAGGCGCAGCAGGAGGCACCUGAAGGUGGAGUACGAUGAGCACCGAGCCACAUCAGCAGUGAAGCUGGAGGCCUGGGAACCCGGCGAGUGGCGAGAACAGCUCCACUGCGUCCGUGAGAUGCGGCGUGGUCGUGACGCUCCCGUGGACACCAUGGGAGCAGAGAGAUGCUGUGACCCGGCAGCGCCCGCACACGUGAGGCGUUUCCAGGUGCUGGUGUCGCUCAUGCUGUCCAGUCAGACCAAAGACCAGGUGACCUCUGCAGCAAUGCAGAAGCUCAGAGCUCACGGCUGCACGGCAGCAAACAUACUCGCCACAGACGAUGCAACACUGGGGAAGUUAAUCCACCCCGUCGGCUUCUGGAGGAAUAAGGUGAAGUACCUGAAGCUGACCUCCACCCUGCUGCAGCAGGAGUUUGGAGGUGACAUCCCCAAUAGCGUGGAGGGGCUGGUCCGCCUGCCUGGAGUUGGACCUAAGAUGGCCCACCUGGCUAUGGACAUCGCCUGGCAUCAGGCAUCUGGCAUAGGUGGAGACCCAUGCAAUACCAACACCAUCUACAGUCCUUCCUAAAACAUCACGCACUCGCUCAUCUUCAACCGCUUAUCCGGGAUCGGGUCACGGUGGCGACAGCUCCAGCAGGGGACCCAAGACUUCCCUUUCCAGGCCACAUUGAGUACCUCUGACUGGGGGCUCCCGGGGCAAAUUCAAUUUAUUCAUUUUAUACAGCGCCAACCCACAACAGUCGCCUAAAGG